AUGUUCAAAAAGGACCCUCAAAUCAAAGCUCUGAGCAACCUGAAGAAUUCUGAACGCAAGAAAGUUCAAGCUCAGUGCCAAAGUCAAACAGAGCUUUCUGAUUAUACUUUCCCCUCUCAGGUUAUUAAACAGACCACCUUUAAGUCUCAAUUAUCAGCUGGUACCAUUUACACCGACGAAAGUAAUGUUCCCAUCUGGUUUAAAGAGAAAUUCAGUGAUUUACUGUAUCCAACUGUAUACACCUGUUGGAAGAGGCCCACGUUGCUCCCUGUGGUGCUGGCACAUGAAUAUGUAGUCGAGGAAAAAGUUCUUAAGGGGGCUAAUCUCAUGUUGCCGGGCACUGUACCGCCGUUCGAUCCCAGAUGUCGUAAAACGCAGCUGGUGGGUAUUGCAAGCACACGAACACCAAAUGUAGUGAAAGCUAUUGGUAUAGUCCAGCUGAAUUUGCCAGAAUAUACACGGGUCAUUGGAGAGUCUGGAGUUGCUGUGGAAAUCACACACACUUGGGAAGACGGACUUUGCCGGAUAUUCAAGGCAAAAGUUGAGCCUCCAGAAGCUGGAGAAUCUCUAGAAUCCGAGAGUGAUGAGCAAGAUGAAGAAGAGAGUGAAGAAGUAUCGGGUGCUGAAAUAGGGGAAGCGAUUCCCAAAGAAAGUGACCUACCGGUGACAACUACGUCAGAUCCUACACCCUCAUCUACUAGCACAGACCUGGAAAAUAUGGCUGAGCAACUCACGACACUGCGGAUAGAGGAUGUGGAUCAUUUGUUCACCAGAUCCCUGUACUAUACGCUUACCACCGAUCCAAAGCUCGAAGUGCCAAUGAGCAGUUCAGUAUUUGUAUCAAACCAUAUCUUACGCAACUUGCCUCCAGUGGAUCCUUCUGAGGUGAAUAUGAAGAAAACCACAUGGCGAAAGACAGCCAAAUUUCUCAAACAUUUUGAGAAAGAAGGCUUUCUCAAGCUGAAGGGGAAAGGUGAUGAUUUGACAAUUGUUGGGACUGCCACUAAAGAUUCGAAGCACGAACUUUCAAAAUUCGAACCCUACCGGGUAGGAAGUUUUGGCGCGAAUAGCUCUGGCUCGAAGGCAAAUGCUCAAGACAAUUCUCAGCAAGCAAUGAUGAGUGCUAUAACGUUAUACAAGCCGAUCAGCAGUGCCAAAGAAUUUUUGAGAGCAGCAGACAUGCGAUUAGAUACUUUAUACACUCAGCAGGAGCUCAAAUCGGGUGUCGACCGAUACAUCGCAGAAAAGAAACUUGUUAGUCCUGACAACAAAGCUGCUGUGAGACUUGACGAUCUGCUAUUUGCAGUGGUUAAUCGUGCAGUCAAGAAGGAAAAUGCUGUCCGUACUAUUACUAGAGCCCAAAUUAUGGUUCCCAUUUUGAAGGGCAAUUUCUCGGAGCAUUUUGUUGUUCUCAAACCGGAUGGUAACCCGCUGUUCAAGCAUCCAUUGAAGGGCUCAAUUCCAAAGGUAGAGAUCGUUACCGAGAUGAAGAUCGGACGUAAGGUGGUAACGAAAGUGUCGAAUUUUGAAAAGUUUCAAGUCGAUGCUCGAGAGUUAGCAGAGUUCUUGCGUAAAAAAUGCAGUGGUGCCACAACAAUUGGAGAAACUACCACGGCACCAAAGACUCUAGAAGUGACCGUUCAGGGCCCACAUGGACCUGCCGCUAUAGAUGUGCUCAACGACUACGGUAUUCCCACUAAAUGGAUCAAUUUUGUCAACAAACUCAAGAAAGGAAAGAAAAGAAGCUGA